CGGGUCCAGGAGGCGGUCGCUACGACACGAGCGAACUUUCCGCGCGACACCGCUUCCCCCGAACUCCACCGGCUCAGAACCCGAAGCCCGCCGGGCCCGGAGCUCCGUUCCCCGGUGCGCCUCUCCUGCCUCCCCCGCCAUGACGACGUGUCACCCGCAGGACUAGCGGCGGCUCCGCUGCGCGCUCCCGCUGCGCGCCGCGGCGAUGAGCGGCAGCAGCGCGGGCUCCGGCGCGGCGCCGUGCCGCUUCGCGCACUACUUCGCUGUCUGCGGGAUCGACACGGAAACCGGACUGGAACCGGACGAGCUGGCAGCUUUGUACCAAUGGCUGGAAGCCGACCGCCAAGGCCACGCCCCCGACGCCGCCGCCACAGGUGUGGACCUGGAGCAGAGCCCCCUGAAGAGGACCUUCAAGUCCAAAGUUCUGGCUCGCUACCCCGAGAACGUGGAGUGGAACCCCUUCGACCAGGACGCCGUCAACAUGCUGUGCAUGCCUAAAGGCCUGUCGUUCCGGACCCAGGCGGACCAGCGCCAGCCGCGGUUCCACUCCUUCGUCAUCACCAAGGAGGACGGCUCCCGGACCUACGGCUUCGUCCUCACCUUCUUCGAGGAGGUGACCAGCCCGGGGAUCUGCUCCGCCAUGCAGGCGCUCCACGUGAUGCACCAGGCGCAGGGCGGCGCCGCCAACACGCCGUGCUCCUCCUCCAGCAUGGACUCUCUGGCCAGCGGCGUGGACGAGGCCGACGCCCCCAGCGGCUACGACUCGUCUCGGGACACGCUCUACGUGUCCAAGGCGCUGUGCCUCCUCGCGCCCGUGCCCUUCGUGCACGCCUGCCGCCGCUUCCUGUCUCAGCUGCACCGCGCCGUGAUGGCGGCCGCCGCCCCGCCGCUGCCGCUGGAGAGCUACGUCCACAACGUCCUGUACGAGGUGCCGCAGCCGGCGCCGGGCCGCUCGCUCAAGUUCCACGGCGUGUACGAGCCCAUCGUGUGCCAGAGGCCCGGCCCGGGGGAGCUGCCGCUGGCCGACUUCCCCCUGGCCGAGGCCUUCGGGCUGCUGGGGGUGGAGCACCUGGUGCAGGUGUUCACCUGCACCCUGCUGGAGAUGCAGAUCCUCCUGUCCUCGCACGACUACCAGUGUCUGAUGGCGGUGGCGGAGGGCCUGACGGCGCUGCUCUUCCCGUUCCAGUGGCAGCACGUCUACGUUCCCAUCCUGCCGGCCUCCCUGCGCUACUUCCUGGACGCCCCGGUGCCGUACCUCAUGGGCCUGCAGUCCGGAGCCGGGCCGGACCGCUCCAAGCUGGAGCUCCCUCAGGAGGCCAACCUGUGCUUCGUGGACCUGGACCACCGCCACAUCGAGCUCCCAGAGGACUUCCCCCAGUUCCCCAACAAGGCCGAGUUCAUCCAGGAGCUCAGCGAGGUGCUGCUCAGCUUCGGGAUCUCCGGCACCACGGGGGCGCCGCCGCGGCCCCGCCCCGCCCCCGACAGCGCCCCCUCCACCCCCGGCAGGGAGCGCAAGACCGCCUCGGCCGCCCUGAGGCGGCUGGAGGACGACGGGCGCAACGGCAACCUGGCGGGGGAGGAGCUCGCCACGCUGGAGCGGCUGCAGGCGCUCACCAAGCGCACCGGGGUGACGGUGGCCCGCGUGGACGCCCUGAGGGCCGGGGCCCCCGAGGGCCAAGGGGCCCAGACGGCGGCCGACGAGGAGGAGCUGAGGAACGCCAAGCUCAACGUCCAGCUGCGGGAGGUGUUCGCCGGCCGCUUCACCACCAUGUUCGCCGACUACGAGGCCUUCGUCAUCCAGAGCGCCCCGGACCUCGAGUCCUGGCUCACCAACAGGGAGCAGAUGCACAACUUUGACAAGGCCUCCUUCCUGUCCGACCAGCCGGAGCCCUACCUCCCCUUCCUGUCCCACUUCAUCGAGACGCAGAUGUUCGCCACCUUCAUCGACAACAAGAUCAUGUCCCAGUGGGAGGACAAGGAGCCGCUGCUGCGCGUCUUCGACGGGCGCGUGGACAAGGCCCGCCUCUUCAACGUGCGGGCGCCCAGCCUCCGGUCCUCCAGCUACCAGCGCUGCUCCAUCCUCAAGGAGGCCGCCCAGGCCGUGGAGCAGCGGUUCCUGAAGCCCGACCACACGGCCCUCCACCCCCACCUGCUGGACAUGAGGAUCGGUCAGGGCCGCCACCAGCAGGGCUUCUUCCCCACGCUGCAGAGCCACGCCCUCAACGCCGGGGCCGCCGGGUGGUCUCACAGGACGGCGACGGCUCAGCGAAGGAAAGAGCGCCAGCGGCAGCAGACGGAGCACCUGGGCCUGGACAACGACUUGAAAGAGAGGUCCCUGCAGGAGGCGCGCGGCCUGGGGAAGACCCUCCGGCAGCCCAAGCUGUCCGAUCUGUCUCCGGCCGUCAUCGCUCAGACCAACUGGAAGUUCGUGGAGGGGCUUCUGAAGGAGUGCCGCAUGAAGCGGAUGCUGGUGGAGAAGAUGGGCCGUGCGGCGGUGGAGCUCGGCCACGGCGAGGCCUCCAUCACGGGGCUGGAGGAGAACACGCUGAUCGCCAGUCUGUGUGACCUGCUGGAGAGGAUCUGGAGCCACGGGCUGCAGGUCAAACAGGGGAAGUCGGCCCUGUGGUCCCACCUGCUGCACUACCAGGCCCGAGAGGAGAAGCUGGAGCAGCAGGCCCCAGUGCCCCCCGAGAGGAGGCGGUCCGACGGCCCCGUGGCGAUGCCGCCGCUCCGCGUGGCGCUCCUCCAGGACCUGAGGCACAUCCAGAACAUGUCGGAGAUCAAGACGGACGUGGGGCGUUCGAGGGCCUGGGUCCGCCUGUCGCUGGAGAAGAAGCUGCUGUCCCAACACCUGAAGCAGCUGCUGUCCAGACACGCCUUGUCCAGGAAGCUGUACAAGCGCUACGCCUUCCUGCGCUCGGAGGAGGAGAAGGAGCAGUUCCUGUUCCACCUGCUGUCGCUCAACACCGCCGACUACUUCUGCUUCACCAGCGUCUUCACCACCAUCAUGAUCCCGUACAGAGUCGUCAUCAUCCCCAUCAGGAAGCUGAGCAACGCCAUGACCACCUCCAACCCCUGGGUGUGUGUGUCCGGGGAGCUGGGAGACUCGGGCGUCAUGCAGAUCCCCAAAAAUGUCCUGGAGAUGACCUUCGACUCUGCUUUCAGGCCUCACGUUCACGUCUCCGCCAUGUUCAAGUGUCAGAACCUCGGCAAGAUGACCACGGUGCAGCUGGGCCACGACAACGCCGGCCUGCUGGCCAAGUGGCUGGUGGACUGCGUCAUGGUGCGCAACGAGAUCACAGGACACACCUACAGGUUCCCAUGCGGCCGCUGGCUCGGUAAGGACGUGGACGACGGCAGCCUGGAGAGGGUCCUGUUCGGGGAGCUGGCGGCACCCGGCGGAGAGGAGGAUUCUGGCAGAGGCUGCCGGACCCCCCCCCUGCAGCGCUCCCCGUCCCAGGCCAGACGCGUCAGCGUGCCGCCGCCGUCUGGACGAGGUCACAAACCGACUUCGGCCCAAAUCCAGGAGGCCAUCGGGGAGGCCGUGAUCAACAUCGUCAAACACUUCCACAAGCCGGAGAAAGAGAGAGGCCGCCUCACCGGCCUGCUGUGUGGAGACGGCAGCCUGGUGGCCGCGCUGGAGCAGCUCUUCCACCACGGCUUCAAGUCGGCACGCCUCUUCCAGAAGGCCGUGUUCGUGUGGGACUUUAUGGAGAAGGCGGUGGCCGACAUGGAGUCGGCUGACCAGAUGGGAGACCUCCAGGAGACGGCGGAGCCUUUGGGGAUGACCUGUCAGUCACUCUGUCGCUACGUCAACGCCAUCAACUCCACCCCCAGGAACAUCGGCAAGGACGGCAAGUUCCAGCUGCUGGCGUGCCUCGGAGCCAGAGACCGGCUGCUGACCCAGUGGCUCCCCCUGCUGGUGGAAUGCCCGGUGAUCCCACGGAUGUACGAGGACGCGGCGCUGCUCCGAGACCGCGGCGCCAUCAACGCCCUCAUCGCCGUCCUGGAGACGCUCCACGACUUCCCCGUCACGUUGGACUCCUCGCUAGUCAAAGGCAUCGACCUUUAGCCCUCGGCAGGAACCAGCCGGCCCUUUCCCCUGAUGCUGCCCCCCCUUCCACUCUGGGGUGGGACUCGUGGCCGGGGAAGGAGGACGUGAGGGACACGAGACGUUUGGUUCCCAAAGCAAAAAGCCCCACUGCUUCAUGUGAGCGGUGGGACUGGAGGCAGUAUUAUUACCCCACCUUCUGAUUGGAUGACGGCCGUGAUGUGCGUCACACGACGUGGCUGCGUCCCGCCUUCCUGAACGCACCAUCGGUCCCCGAUCGAUUACCUUCAGGGAACACCUGCUGCAUUGAGUCCAUUACGCUUAAAACCUACUUGAAGUCGCGUGAAGCUCGUCUGUCCUUCUUCUUGUCGACACAUUCCACGAAAAAAAGUCCCAAACGAGCAUUUGAUUGGUCACUAAAUACUUUCUGACUUCAGCCUGCAAAUAUAUCGUUUUGUUUUUUUUAGCUCAAUAAUUUACUAAAACAGCUGGUCACUUCAAACUCCAGGCAGCAGCGGAGCGUUCCCCGAGCGGAGCGUUCCCCGAGCGGAGCGUUCCCUGUGUGUCUGUGUGUGUGUGUGUGACCCUCCAAAAAUGUAUGUGAUCAAAAGUAUGCUGUUAUUCAAUUUUGAGUGGUGUCCCCAUACGACACCUUCUAGUCCUGGUCCUCACGGGUGUGCGAUGACAAGUGUAUGUGUGUGUUAUUCCAGUCGUGAAUCAUCAGGACUGAUUGUGAAGAUCAAUGUUAACUUAACUCCUGCUGCUUGAAUGCAAAAGGAUCUUUCAGGUAUAGAAGAGCAGGAAGCUCACCCCCUCACCUGCCACUGACUCACCUGUAGGACCACUGACUCACCUCUAAGACCAGCCACUGACUCACCUGUAGGACCACUGACUCACCUGUAGGACCACCCACUGACUUGCUGCUUACUGUGAUGACGGGUCGGUGUUGACCCGCAGCGGCUCGGCUCAAACAGGAAGUGUUUCUGAUUGGCUCGGCUCAAACAGAAAGUGCUGCUGAGUGUCUGUAACACUGACUUCUGUGUUCUGAUAUUUAUUUUGAAUAUUUCAAUAAAAACCCAGUUAAGUCGU